AUGGCAUUGUUCAAUGAACUUAUUGAACAAAAUAUCAAGUCAUUCGCUUCAUCAUUGGCAUCACAACACUUUAUACACCAAACAUCUCUGGUGGCUUGUGGACCCCUACAUCCCACUUAUUUAGAUAUGAUCGAAAGCUGUACUGAUAAUUCCCAACUUCGCUUUAGGGCCCGAAAUCCUGGGCAGAUUGUGGUGCAGAAUGAAACGAUGAAUGGCCUGUUGUGGUGGCCAGAUGGGCUGACGGUCUAA